GGAGGUUGAGGCAGAAUAUUGCAGAUUGAGCAAGUGAGGAGAGGGAGAUUACAGACAUGCAAUGAUCCCGACAGACGGCACACUUCGCUGAAGACAGACGAUGGCUUUUCCCAACACAUACGGGCUGAUCUUCGCCUGUACGUGCGGGGUCAUCCUCGGAAUCGGGUUCUGUGCCAACCUGCUGGUCUUCUCCCUAUUUGCCAAGUACAACACCUUUCGCAAGAACCGCCUGGACAUCCUGCUGCUCAGCAUGACGCUCGCCGACUUCCUCACCCUCCUCCUCAUCCCCUUCACCCUGCACUCUGCCGUCAGCCACUCCUGGCCCCUGGGGGAUGCUUCCUGCAAAGUCUAUCAGUUCCUCUUGGCUUUCAGCAUAGCGGCCAGCACCUACUCCCUGUGUGCCGUGUCCAUGGCCCGCGCCAUGAUCAUCACCAACCCGUACCAGCCACCCAACAUGGACAUCGUGGUUAUCAUGUUUAUCCUAGUCUGGGCACUCAGCUUCUUCAUCAGCCUGCCUCUGCGCAUCUUCGCCACCAAGAAGAGCCUGGGCCAGAGUCUGGUGAAUCUUACCUUCUGCUUGCCGACCAUCCACGAGCACCACUACCAAGUGGUUCUGAGUCAGUUUGUUCUCUAUUACUUCAUCCCCAUGCUGGUGAUCGCCUUCAACUACGCCCGCCUCGCUGUCUUUCUCCACAAAAGCCCAGUUAUGUCUUUGGCCAGUGCCAGGAACACCCGCCGAGCCUCUGUCAUGGUGUUCUUAGCGGCAGGGACCUUCUCUGUGUGCUGGCUGCCUGGCUAUGUGCUAGAACUGUGUGUGUACCUUGGCCUGUACCGCCAUGGCCAGGCCUGGGAGACGUUCUACUUCAUCUGCACCGUGCUCCAGUACCUUCACCCCUGUGUCAACCCGGUUCUCUAUGUUCUGCUGUCCAAGCGCUACCGCCACAGGAGGGCAGCCUGGCUCUUCAACUGUAACAGGAACCGGGUGCACCCGCAGGUCAACAGCGUCACAAUAGACAGCUUUUAA